CAGAAAAUACCAGAGAAACUAGAGAGAGAGAGAGAGAGAGAGAACGCGGUGAAAUUUGUUUUGUUAGUCCGAGGAUUUUUCAUUAGGCGCUUCAAUAUUCAGUCGCAAGGAAUCAGAGACGGAUUUUAUAUAAAAUUAAGAACAAAAAAGUGGCUGGCUCUGAUUUUUAAUACUACUCGAAGCUUUUGACAUUGAUUGGCAAAGAUUCCUCAGAUCUACAGUGGAAGGCAUUCGCUAUUCUUGAUUUUUCAUUUCGGUUCUUUGGAGGGAGGCUUCGGUGCUGUUUGGCUAUUGUCGAUUGGAAUACGAGGACCUGCUCUCUAACUUCUCCCAUCAACGACAGCUUCAAGGUUUGCUCCUAUUUAUCCGAUAACACCGUCUAGUGGCGUUGGAUGGAACAUGGAGCCAAGACUCCCGAAGUGUUGCGGCCACAAGGAAUUUAUUUGCUGGAGCAUUGACUCGUCUACUUUCUGGUGUAAGUUGGAAGAAAUUGUUGAGUAAUUUGCCAUGGUCUGCGAGAUGGAGACUGAUGUUAUUGAAGAUAUGGACAUCGAAGUCCUUCCUUCUAUGUGGCCCGAGGACGUUGGACCUGAUGUUAGAAAGCAGUUCAAUGUCGAAAGGCCAGGAAUAGAUCAAGAUAUGUUGGAAGAAGUUAACAUAAUAGAGGAACCAACAAUCGUUGAUUUCAAGAGACUUAUAGAGUUAACCAACUAUACUGAGAAAGGAUCUUCUCAAUUACAAUAUCUUGCAAAACAGUGGGAGUAUAAGCAAGCAAAUGCUGUGCGUCUCCUCAAAGAAGAACUCGACAUCCUAAGCAAGCAGAGGAAAGAAGUCGAGCUCAAGAAAUUGAAGAUAUUAGAGGAGCAUCUUUUCGAGGAAGAAAGAUAUGGUGGCGAUAAACGUCCAAUCUCUAUAUUGGAAGAAUCUUGUGACAUAUGGCAAGAUAUUCCGAGGAGAAAAACUGAUUUCGUUGUUCAAAGUAAGAGAGUUGAAAUUGAUGCAGAGUAUGAUACAGUGACAUACUGGAAGCAGCGAACCGUGGAUCUGGAAAAAUUAUUGGAAGCUAGUCUACAGCGAGAGCAAAUGCUUGCAGAGAAACUUCAGGAAAAUAUAAAAAAUAUUGAAAAGCAGUCCUCACCAGUCGAGGAAUUGUCACAGAUUCUGAAAAGAGCCGACAACUUUUUGCAUUUCGUUCUACAGAAUGCACCAGUCGUUUUUGGUCAUCAGGACAAAGAAUUGCGCUAUCGAUUUAUCUACAAUCAUUUUCCAAGUUUGGAGGAAGAGGAUAUUAUAGGAAGAACAGACGUUGAGAUUUUUAGUGGCGCUGGUGUGAAGGAAUCCCAAGAUUUCAAGAAAGAAGUUCUGGAGAAAGGGUUGCCUGCAAAGAGGGAAAUACAGUUCGAUACAGAAUUAUUUGGGCUGAAGACCUUUCUGAUUUACGUUGAACCUGUCUUUAGCAAGGCGGGGGAGACAAUUGGAAUAAAUUAUAUGGGAAUGGACAUAACUGAUCAGGUUAAAAAACGAGAAAAGAUGGCAAAGCUUCGCGAGGAGAUAGCAGUACAAAAGGCGAAGGAAUCAGAACUGAACAAAACAAUCCAUAUUACAGAGGAGACAAUGCGGGCAAAGCAAAUGCUAGCAACCAUGUCGCAUGAAAUUAGAUCUCCGCUUUCUGGGGUAGUUAGUAUGGCUGAAAUUCUGUCCACCACAAAACUUGAUCGGGAACAACGACAUCUGUUGGAUGUUAUGCUGUCUUCAGGAGACUUGGUGCUUCAACUCAUAAACGAUAUCUUGGAUCUUUCUAAAGUUGAAUCAGGAGUAAUGAGGUUGGAAGCUACAAAGUUCCGUCCAAGAGAGGUUGUAAAACAUGUUCUGCAGACUGCUGCUGCAUCAUUGCGAAAAUUCUUAGUUCUGGAGGGGCGUAUAGCAGAUGAUGUUCCUAUAGAGGUCAUUGGAGAUGUUCUUCGGAUUCGGCAAAUCCUCACCAACCUGAUCAGCAACGCAAUCAAGUUCACUCCUCAAGGGAAGGUUGGAAUCAAUCUUUAUGUGUUACCUUAUCCACCUACUGGGAAAGGAGAAGAAUGCCAUAAGAAAUCAACGGCUAAUAACUCAACAGUUUCAGUAAAUGGUGUGCAAGAAGGAACAUGUCUUCCGUCCCCUCAGAAUGGCUUGCGUGGCCAAAGCCACGCUGACAGAAAUCAUUUACAUUGUGAAUCGGGUAAAAAGAGCGAAGCCACGGUGAACGGAAAUAGAGAAAACAACUCUUGUUCACCCGAAACGACAGUAUGGAUACGCUGUGAUGUAUACGACACAGGAAUCGGAAUAAAAGAAGAGGCAUUACCAACCCUUUUUAAUAGGUACAUGCAAGCUAGUGCUGAUCAUGCUCGAAAGUAUGGAGGGACUGGACUUGGGCUGGCAAUAUGCAAACAACUGGUUGAGUUGAUGGGUGGUCAUCUCACCGUUUCUAGCCGAGAGAAUCAUGGAUCUACAUUUACAUUUGUACUGCCAUAUAAAGUUUCAACCACCUGCAGUCCUUCCGACGAUUCCGACGAGCUCUCAGACGAGGAAUCGACAAACGACGAAAUGACUGAGGGCUAUUUCCAAUUCCAACCCCACAGUUUCAGUUCCCUAUCAUCUUCCAAUGGAUCCACUAGAAUCCCAAAUGCCUUGUUACAUACAACUGGAUAUCCUACCUCAACCAAACUCAAUGGCUUUGCUGAAAAUUCUGUUUCUUUUCCCUCAAACAACAUCAAACCAAAAGAAACUGCUUCCAUUUCGGCCAAUUCCGCGGUAACCUCAAGCGAAUCGCAAUGUUCAUCAAACCAGAACUCAAAUCUUGAUAACGAGAAACCAACUGAUGGACUUCAGCCCGACACUAAUUCUCGGCCCCAAAAUGUGAGUGUGAAUUCCCAUCACAGAUCAGAAAUAUCAAAACAAGAAGAUACAUUGGGAAAGACGAGUAAUAAACUCCAGAAAACGGAUCAGAGGAAGGAGAGAUCCGAUGCAAGUUCCCACUGCAGAAGUAGCAGUAGCGGUUCUGAAGCAACGGUGGCAUCGGAGCCCAGAAUUCUUCUAGUUGAGGAUAAUAAGACCAAUAUUAUGGUAACUCAGUCAAUGAUGAAGAAGUUCGGCCAUAAAAUCGACGUGGUGACCAAUGGAAUUGAAGCUGUGCGUGCAGUUCAGCGACGUUCAUAUGAUCUCAUUCUCAUGGAUGUUUGUAUGCCAGUUAUGGAUGGUCUUCAAGCUACAAGGUUAAUUCGUUCUUUUGAGGAAACGGGAAGUUGGGAAGCAGCUGCAAAUGCUGGGAUCGACCCAACGACUCCUUGUUGGACCCCAUCGUCCUCCCGUCAGAGGAUGUCCAUCAUUGCUAUGACGGCGAACGCACUGUCAGAAAGCGCAGAUGAGUGUUAUGAGAACGGUAUGGACUCAUUCGUACCAAAGCCGAUCACCUUCCAAAAAUUGAAGGAGUGUCUUCAACAGUAUUUACCACAACGUCCCUUGUAAAUGUAUUAUCUCAAUCAAUUAUGCUUUUGCUUUUGCUUUGAGAAAGAAAGGCCAAAUGUAUGGUAGAAAAAUAGAAGUCAGUUCAGUAGGAAAGUUUUGUAAUGUAAUCACUGUAACAUAUCUCAUCUCUCCCUUCCACUAUCUGCCCCCAUUUGUAAAUUGUACAGAAGAAAGCUGUCCUCCUUUCCCCAGAGGAAAUUUGUAAUAAAGUUUUCACAUUUUGCUUUCCUCAGAAUUCGGUACUUAUCACUAACACUCGGAUGGUUUUACGCACUCAGCCAUAGUUGGUCGAUAGGUUCUUUCCUUUUAACAACGUUUAUCAUAAUAAAAAUUUGGCAAU